UUAUGUAGUUUUAGUUUCAUUUGUUUCAGAUGAUACCUGUUGCUGCAAAUGAUGUUGCUUUCUCGAUCCAUGCUGUUCUGCUGACAGCAAUUACAUUGUUCCAGAUUGCAAUCUAUGAACGUGGGAGUCAGAAAGUGUCCAAGGUUUCUAUUGGAAUUGUCUCUGUUGCAUGGCUUGUUGCAGCAGUUUGUUUCUUUAUUGCUUUGCCGAAUAAUUCCUGGCUUUGGCUUCUCUCCGUCUUCAACACAAUUCAAGUAGUUAUGACUACUAUAAAGUGCAUUCCUCAGGUUUGGGAAUUGCUACGUGCACCAUUUGCUUUUUUAGUAUAUCCAACACAACAUUGUAAUUCUCAUAUUGCCUCUCCGUAA